AUAGAAGACGGGGUGCGAACACGAUCAACAACAAAACUGUUCCAUCGCAGCACACAAAUCAUACGCGAGUUAGCUGCUACCACUGGCCAGACGAAAAAGUCGAUCGCGGUCGUGAUGUUCGUUCGGUUCGGUCGUUACUGUUUAUUUCUCCGCUCGUUUAUUUUCAGUUGUGCCGAGUUUUGAAUGGCAUAAAUUUGUGACAUUUGUCGACGCCCGGAUCGAGCUGAUCUAACUACGCGAUUGAUUUGCGUUAUCCACAAAAGAUAAACAGAAGAUAUCGGGGAGAUUGUGGUGCUGUGCUUUAGUAAGCGUUGUCGAAUGGUGAAGUGGGUUGCAGAGGAAUAAUUGAUCAUGAGAGAAGGAAAUUCGAAGAAGUGAAUCCGCUUUAGCCAUUUUUGUAUGUGCCUCAGUACCCGGAGGAGUGGUGGGAAAGAGCCCUUGAGAAGCUAUUUUCUCGCAGCAGGCAUAUAUUGUUUAGUUUCGAUAUAUGUUGGUCGGUUUGUGUGAAGAAUUAAUAAGCAGCAUCGAAGUGAUGCUAAUAAUGAUGGAAGUGAAGCAAACGUGAAACAGUAGCUAAGUUGGAGUUAUUAUUUUCUGUUCACUGCCGAGAGUGUGUUCUCCAGUAUCGAAUAAUUAUAAGCGCUGAAGGUGACUGAAGCAGCCAAGCAUAGGAUUUAAUCAAGGCUAACAUCAGGCUGUUAAAAACGUUCAUCGGAUUGUUGGUGCCCUGCAAAUCUAAACUGUCUGGUGAAACAAGUAAAAGCAGACGGCGAAACCAUGUCCGACCCCGAGACCGUGUGGUUGGAGGAGCUGUUGCAGGAUGUGCAACUGGAACAGUUCCUCGGGCGGAUUCGGGACGAGCUUCAGAUCACACGGCUGGCACAUUUCGAUUACGUGCAGGUGGACGACCUGGAAAAGAUUGGACUGGGCAAGCCGGGUAUCCGCCGGUUGAUGGAAGUUGUGAGGAAGAAGAAAGCCCAGCAGUGGCGUCGAAAUAUUCUGUCGAAACUGAUUGGCGGUGGAAAGCAGCAGCCGCAGAAAAAAAGCACCGCGCGGGAGAACGAGGAACCGUCGGCGUUGGCUCUGACGUGUUUGAUUCACGAGAAAGAUGUUACGAUGUCGGUGAAGCUGGGAGAUGGCUCGUUUGGGGUGGUUCGACGAGGCGAGUGGAAUGCUCCAGGGGGACAGAUAGUUCCAGUAGCUGUUAAGAUUCUGAAAGCGGACACUUUGUCACAGCCGGGAGUGAUAGAAGAUUUUUUCAAGGAAGUACAAGCGAUGCAUACGCUGCACCAUCCCAAUCUGGUUCGGCUCCAUGGGGUCGUUUUGUCACAGCCAAUGAUGAUGGUUACUGAGCUUGCGGCAAAUGGUUCGCUGUUGGAUACGCUACGAAAGCAAUGCAAAAAUACAUCACUUCCCACGAUCUGGAACUGGGCCGUCCAGGUCGCUACCGGUAUGGCUUAUUUGGAGAGCAAACGAUUCCUUCACAGGGAUCUUGCCUGUCGGAAUGUUCUGCUGGCGGCGGGAAACAAAAUCAAAAUAGGAGAUUUUGGACUGAUGCGCGCACUGCCCCAACAGGAGGAUUGCUAUGUAAUGACCGAGCAUAAGAAGGUUCCGUUUCCAUGGUGUGCACCGGAAUCGCUUCGCUAUCGACAGUUCAGUCACGCCUCGGAUACGUGGAUGUUUGGGGUUACUUUGUGGGAAAUGUUCACCUUUGGGGAGGAUCCAUGGGUGGGAUUGAAUGGUUCACAAAUCUUGAGAAAGAUAGAUCGCGAAGGAGAAAGAUUGCAUCAUCCCGAUGCUUGUCCCCCAGAUGUAUAUCAGCUGCUGUUACAAUGCUGGGAUAAAACUCCGGCGGAGAGACCUAAUUUUGCUGCUAUCAAGGAAUUUUUAUCCGCCACUCCUCCUCCGAUUUAUCGAGCGGUGAUGAACUAUAGCGCUGAAAAUCGACUCACACUUGAGCAAGGUGAUUCGAUAGCCAUCAUUGAUGAUCGAGUUGAGUUACAGUUCAUCAAAGGUCAAAACCAGCGCACGUUUGAAAUUGGUACUUUUCCCAGAAACGUGGCUACUGAUGCAAAUAAACACCGAUCAGGAACAGGCACAAUUAGUCGUCCGUUACAUGAUUCAUUCAGGCACACUGCACAUGGGACCCCAUUUGGGGCCUCUUGGGGUAGUCCUGGAUCCUUGCAGAUAAAUGGAGAAGUGAAGUUAAGAGCCAAAAACAAAGACACCGUCAAUGCGGACAGACGCGGCAAGUGCAUCUCGGAACAGUACGCCAAGGAGCGUAAGAGCAACGCGCAGAAACAGUUUGGAUACAACAAAUUAGUCAACGAAAACAAUCACAAACUGAAACAGCAACUUCUGAAGGACUGUAACAAUCGACCGCUUCGACCACCACAGCCUCACAAUAUAUCGCACGGUGCGACGUCUUCCGGAAGUUCGGCAGAAGGAAUACUUAUCGAUUUGUCCUCGCCUGGGGACGAUCCAGGCGCAAUCGCUGCUGCUGCGGCCACUCCGUCAUUCCAGGGGUUGGAUGGUGACAGCAGAGCGCAUUUCACCAGCAUCCUCGAUGAGCCUAUCGAUGUACCGACGGUGGAAGAAGCGGAACAGCAGCAGCAAUAUCACACGGAGGAACAACAGUUCAGGAUGUUACCGCCGCCUUACCAGAUGCCUCCUACAUAUACGAACACCAUGAAUAUUGGCGACAGCGUGACGGAUAUGGAUCCCUUUGAUACAAGGACGGUGUUUCAGGUGGAUAGUGUCCCAAGCCAGAGCUCUGCCUACAGUAUUACGUCAGAUUAUGAAAGUGGGCCGUCAAGUGUAGUCAGCGCCAGAGAACUGAUGGCAUCGAUUAAACGACAGCAGACUUUAGAUGAAGUCGAUGGCAGUGGGUGUACAUCGGCAGGUUCGGCAGCGGCGUUUUAUGGGAAUGUGAGCAGAGGCGCAGUUUCCAAGAUCAACUCUAACUACGGUAAAGUUAGUGAAUUGGAAGUACAUCCAUACUCAGCGUUAACCAGUAUGAACCUUGCUGAGCAUAACGUCUCUGGAAGUUCCUACGGCAGUGUGAGCCAGACAUUGAACGACUCGUUGGAUGUCAACUUGAGCAAUCUGACGCUGAAUGAAGAUCAUCAAAGUUCGCUCAAAGUUGUGCCUAAAAAGUUGGACAAAACUUUUCUCGCUGAGUUGGAGAAGGACAUGUACAAGAAUGGCUCGAACAGCAUGAACAACUCUAACAACGCGUACGCGUUCAAAUCAAACACGAAGGAUAACUCCGUAAACCAUAUCUCUAAUCUUAUGAGUUCGCUAUCAAAGUACGAGAGUACAAGCGCUUUCGCUAAUAACCACGAGAUGGCGGCUGGGAGCAACAAAAACUUGAAUGCAAACUUACAUCAAAUUUACGCUAACAACACUGCUGUCGUUACGACGGCGGAACAUUUCCAACGAAAUUGCUACGAAAGCACCGCUUCUAUGCAAAAUCUGCUUUCGCCGAAGAAGCAAAAUAAUGUUCAAUCGGAGGACACCAGUAGCGUGGUAACACAAAUGUGGAUGGAACGCAAUGCAACAGCCACUGCCAGCAGCAGCGAUCUCGUGUAUGGAAAUCUUCCAAGUCAGUUACCGCAGAAAACGCACAAUUUUGUAGCGGUUUCCAACCGACCUCUGUCCCGCAUCCAAAACGACACUCGUCACUAUGGGUCCACACCCAACGUGGCGGCAAUCAACCUGGUUGCACAGCAACUACAACUCAAAUCCCAGCAAACAACGACAACUGGUAGCCAACCCGUUUCCGUGCAAAACAUUUACAACAGUGUUUACAACGGUAACGACGUGUAUUCGGCCAUCGGUAGCGACAUAUACGACACGGUAGCGGCAACACCCGCAUCGUACUACGAACGUGUUCCCUCGAGUCUCGCAUCGCUGCGGCAGCAGCAACAACAUUACAACAAUAUCGUUCAACAGCAACAAGUACCUGCGAUAUACGACGAAGUUACGAACGAUGAGCUGUUAGUUCCUAUAAGGCCGGCACCCACCGCACCCCUUUCGGCGCAGCAGAUCCAGCGACGAUUGGAUCGAUUAACGCAACAGGAUCAGCAGGUGGCCGCGCUGAUGGCAGAACUAGGGGAGGAGGCGAAUGAGCAGGAAGCGAGAGAUGCCUUGGUAGCGGUCAACUGGGAUCAUACCCUGGCCGUGAGGCACUUCAAAAUCGAGCGAUUGAGUCGUCUUGGUGUGGCGAAUCGGACAAAGUGCGAGGAAGCACUGCUGAAAACCGGCUGGAGCAUCCAACUGGCCGCCUCAAUACUGCUGGAGACUUAAGGAGGGUUUCCUUAUAGUUACAUUUUAGCUCCAGUUAACCGCGAAAUUUCCUUUACUCGGCCGUAAUGUAGAUAUUUAUUAUAGUAUUAUGUACAAAUUCUUAUUCUUAGUUGAAAAUAUGUUUUCAAAAUUUAAUGACCGUGAAAUUGAAUCCAGUAGACCAUAGAAUCUCCAAAACACGCUCAAAAAUAAUAAUUAGAAGCUCUCUCACAGAUAUUUCUAACAGAUAAUUCACGCUGCGCUUCUAGAAGGUAUUUGCGAUACAAUAAUGAAACAACGCAGUAAGUAAAUGUGAAGUAUGUAAAUCGUCCAAUACACAGUAUUGCUUCGUUGUGAUGAAGAAAAAAAUUCAGAUAGAAAUUGGGUUGGUCCAAAUGCUAGCCACUCGAAAACAAUACACCGAGAAGUGCAGUGCACAGCACUGACUCUCCCCGAUAACGAUGAUUUUUAAAUCGUUCCAUUUUAUUACUACUCUGAAAGAUAGAUAUUAUAUUUGAAAUACGAAGCCGAAUAAGUAUGAAUCGAUGUUGAUAUUGACAGUUUAACAGAUCUUGCGCACUUUUUAUGUUAAAUAAGAUGAGCUUGUCGAGUACAGUUAGUGCUUCAGUGAGCCUGAUGGUGAAUAAAUAGGUGCGGUAGGUUGAUGUUUGCUCCCAGUGCCAAUAUUGGUCUGUUUGAAGAUUACGUUGAUGUUUCAAUCGAUGGAGGCAAUCGAUGCAUUGUUAUGAUCUGAGGAUAGGAUUAAACGAGAGUUUGCAAUUAGCAUGAGUGAGAAGUUUGCGAGUAUAGUAUAUUUACAUGUUAUGAUAAUGGUG